AUGUCUUUUCCGUGUAGACAGUGUGGCAAGUGUUUUCGCAAGGUAGCACACCUAAAGAGUCAUGAAAGAGUUCACAAUGGGGAAAAGCCUUACAAAUGUAAACAAUGUGACAAAUGUUUUAGUGAAGCUGGAGACUUAAGGAGACAUGAAAGAGUUCACACUGGAGUAAAGCCUUACGAGUGUAAACAAUGUGACAAGUGUUUUCGCCAAGUAGCACACCUAAAGAGUCAUGAAAAAGUUCACAAUGGGGAAAAGCCUUACAAAUGUACACAAUGUGACAAAUGUUUUAGUGAAACUGGGUACCUAAGGAGACAUGAAAGAGUUCACACUGGAGUAAAGCCUUACGAAUGUAAACAGUGUGGCAAGUGCUUUACUCGCGUAUCAAACCUACGGAGUCAUAAAAGAGUUCACUCUGGGGAAAUGCCUUACGAAUGUAAAGAGUGUGGCAAGUGCUUUACAGAGGUAUCAAGACUAAGGACACAUGAAAGAGUUCACACUGGGGAAAAGCCUUACAAAUGUAAACAGUGUGACAAGUGUUUUUACCGAGUAGCAAGUCUAAGGACACAUGAAAGAGUUCACAGUGGGGAAAAGCCUUAGGAAUGUAAACAGCCUGGCAAAUGUUUUAGCCAAGUAAGAAGCCUAAGGAGGCAUGAACGAGUUCACACUGGAGAGACGCCUCCAUAACGUUAACAGUGUAGCGAGUGUUUUAUCCAAAUCCAAAGCCCAAGUGAUCGUAAAAGUGUUCACACUGGAGGAAAAGCCUUAGGAACGAGAAAUUCAUAGCAACUGUUUUAUAAAAAGCGGAAACCUUGGAAGACGUGAAGGAAUGCAUACUUCAAGAAGGUCACACAAAUAUUCUCACAGAAGGGAAAGUCUGUCUGUCCUGUCUUAUUCUUUGGCUGAGGAAGUUGAUGUUAGUGCAACAAGAUUUACAUUUUUUGACCUUCAUUACCGAGAUUUAGAUUUUUAUUAGUGUCAUAAUAUUAUUCAUUUUAAUUAAUGUAUAAACCGUUUAGCCAAGGAAGCGAACAUUUAAUUUUGCGGCAUGGUCAUUAAAUGUUUUUGCUUCAAGAAGAACAAUUAUUAAGGCCAGUUUCUAAGGCGUUUUAUGUAAUACAUCAGUGCAAAUGAAUUUUCAUUUUCCUUGGGUGAAUGUUUGUUUAUGACAAUAGAAUAUCAAUAACAAUUAUUUUGUUUUGAGUAUUAUGUUGGCAAUAUAGCGUUGAAUUGAGAGGGACAUGCACUUUAAUUGGAGAGCGAACCUCACAAUAUAUCUAAAACUCGUAUUGCAGAAGUUACGCGUAUAGUGCGUUACAAUGAUUUCGUUAGUCUUGUACAGUGUGCAUACUGUUUCUGUAACUGAAAAAAGGAAAGAUUGUAGAUUGGGUCAGAUAGACCGAACUCACGCUUUUUAACAAAUUUUGAAGAUUUUAAGAGGUAGUCCGGUGCCUUAAUAGGAAUAUUUACUAGCCCUUUUGUCUGAAAUAUAGCUGAAAGAGCCACUACUGAAGUCGAGAAAAAAGUAGUGAUAAACCAACUAAAAUAAACAAGUUAACCCUUUAAGCCCCAAUAUCCACAUACAAAUUCUUCAAACUGAUCUCCAUACAUUUCCUUUAAGAAUUAGUUGAGAGAAUUUGAUAAAAGAUCAAAGUAUUUUCUUUUAGGUGAUCAUUUUAUUAAUUCUCAUAACCUUUCCUUUUGACAAUGUAUGGAUAUCGUUAGAAGAAAAUUGAUGUUGGUCGCUAUUGCCACUUAAAGGGUUAAAUAACAUUCCAGCGGUCGCCCAUAAUAAACCAAAUAGUGGUGUGGUGUGUGUGUUCCUCACUGCCUAACGAUGUAACCUGAAACCAUGCCUUCUCCCAAUUAUCUUUGACUUAAAGAUUUCAGUUGUACUUACGGCCUAUGGGAUCGAGACACGUCAAUAGAAAGUUUGGGUGGGGGUGUGCCACCGAGAGUUUCAAACCCUCUUCAAAGCAAAAUCAGUUAAAUUUACCUCCUUUAAAGACAACAGACCCUUUUUCGGGCCUUAUAUUCUAGCAUUCUUAAAUAAAAAAAAGAUUUUACCCUGGCGCACCGUCGUCGUUCACAUUCUGUUUAAGGCCUUCAGUGCAACAGACAGGUGGUACAAAUAAACCACCCUGUUUAGCACGCUAAAUAGUGGUAGUGGUGUUGUAUACCUGUUAAGACUCAACAUUGUAAUACCAUACCCUGUUGGAUGGCACAUACCCGUUUGAGACAAAUAAGAGAGUGCCUCUCCCAGGACUUAGAUAAGUAAAUGUUCUUAUCCAUGGUGCUCCGCUGCGAGAGCUCCACUAAAAUCUUUGUAGGUCGUUUUAGUGAGUCGUCAUUCUCACUCGAUCUCCGUUUUGCUAGGUACAUAUUAAGCGUACAAUAUUUAUUGAUUCAUUUAUGAUAUUUGAGAUCUUCAUGUGUUUUGUGACUUUUCUUUGUCUUUUGUUUAUUAUUUAAGGGUGUUCCGGGGUUUUAUGGGUUUGUUCCGCGUUCUUUCAUCAUUUCUUUUAUUUUCGGUUCUUUACGUAUUGUUUAAAAAACGAGCAGGAGUGUCGCCUCGAGUUUUUAAACCUGAUAAUACACGACUGCGCACUUUUUGAACGGCUUCAACAUAUCUGACAUAGAUGAACUCAUUCUUGCUCUUAUAUUUAGAUUUGGAGUAAAGUGUAGCGGUGUCUUUAUGAGAUAUAAAGAUGCUCAUUAAACAUAAAUAUUUCUUUUGUUUUUUCUUUAUGAAUUAUUAAUGAGUUUUAGAAAGGUUAGUUAAGUGUAAUCUUCAGUACGUUUCGUUACUUAUAAAUAGUCAUUUUCUUCCUCAAUUUUGUAUUAAGUAAUUAAAACAUCAACAACGUUAGUCAUAAUUUUUAGUACAUCUCAUUUCCAUAACCACACGAUGCGACGUUUCAUGGACGACUUUGAACGCAUCAAGACAAACUUCUUUUUCUGAACUGCAAUCCUUUAAGAAUUCAACUCCAGGAAAUUCGUAAGGCUUUCCUGUCUUUUGAAACAUUUCUGAAUUGUAUAGAAAGCUUUGUUUUCAUUAAAUCAAGGUUCCGUUCGAAACAUGUCAGGUAAUCGGAAAAUUGUUUUGCAGGUCGUCUGGACAAAAAACACAACACAAUUUAUGAGUUAAAAUUAAGUUAAAUUACCUGGUAUAUGAAGGUCCUUUGACUUCAUUUAAAUAUUUGAGGGCCUUGGAUUCUUAUCAAGGCCUUACGAUAUCUGUUUGGGUUGAAGAUAAUCGAUCGGUUUUUUGAAACGGAAGGUUGAUGCAAUUAAUAACGCUCUUUCAAGAAUAAGUCAGUGGUUAAUCUGGCUAAAAAAACUUUAAUGCAGUUACAUUUAUUAAGCUUUAAAAAAGAGUAGUACUUGAUUUGGUCAGUCUUCUUACGAGGAAAGUCACCUUUACAAUUAAGACGAAAACAGGCUCGACUGUUGCCCUUUUUUAAUUAAGAUUGGUACAAACGCAGUAAUAAUAUACCGUAUUUAUUCGAAUAAGCGCCCAACCUCGAAUUAGCGCCCACCUCGAAUAAGCGCCUAUCCUAAAGGCAGAAAAAGUUAAUAAGCGCACAGCCUCGAAUAAGCGCCCACCCCUCCCCACGUCCCUCCUGAUCCAGCUCAAACUCAAUAAAGCGCCCACCCCCCCCCAUCCACUUUCCUCCUCCCACCCCCCCCCAAACUGAAUAAGUUCUCCUGAAUAAGUUCUAAUAAGAGACUUCCCCGAAGACAGAGUUUUCUUCAGAGUAUUUUACAGAAACCUUGCUUUGUUACAUCUUCGCGUUUUGUUAUUACCAUUUAUUGUUUUGUUGUAAAAUAAACGUACUACACUUGCUGAAAAUGUUGAAAAUUUAAUAAGCGCCCAGCCUCGAAUAAGCGCCCAUUCUCAAAGUCCAAGAAUUUAAUAAGCGCCCAAGGCGGUUAAUCGAAUAAAUACGGUAUUAUGGUUAUUGCUCUCUAACAAAAUCUGUUUGCCAUCUUCUUCAUAACUCUACAGGAGCAUUUUUUAUUUGAGUAAAGACAUAAAGUAACGACUUCAGCCUAAUCUAUAAUCUAACGGACAGCUGGGGAGAAAUGAAUGCGUGACGAACGAACCCCAAAGGACGUCUGCGGGGAGGCUACUUCUGUCAGCGACCACUGAGUUUUCACUUUAGAAGAGGUUCGACUAUUCGCGCAAAAGGAUCACACAACCGCUAUGGAUUCACCGUGAGUGAAAAAAGGAAAUAGACAAGAAGAUGCGAAAAACAGAAUAACCGACGAAACCAUCUGCUUUGGGUCUGCCCCACACUGUCAACUGCCCCUAUAGGGUCCCUGGGAGUAGAGUAGAGUUUGUUCUUUGCGCUCUCACCAGGCCCCUAUCAGUGUUAGACCAAGAUGGCGGCCACCAUUUUUGGAUAAACGUCUCUUGCUGUUUCAUCUUCUCUUACGCGUCUGAUUUAAUCAACACAGCGAAAUCUUGUUACUUAAGGUAGGGAAGCUUUUAAUAUGCUAUUGAUACGUCACAUUGAAAAAAUUAGCAAGAGCGUUUUAGGUUUAGCUUCUGACGAAGCGUAGCUUCAGACUGAGGUGGCUCUCGUGAGUUUAGGGUUGGCCAGGGUUUUGGAGUAUACGGUAUCCAGGGGCUUUUUGAAUGGGGUAUACGGUAUAUACUGCAGCUUAAAUACGGGUAUCUGGUAUAUCACUUUCUUUGAAUUUCAGGUAUAAAGUAUACCUGAGUAUAAUUUUCGGUAUUAUUUGGAUGAAUUUAGGGUAUUUGAGGGUAUUGUGGCGAAUUUUUAGUAUACUGGUAUACCACUACCCCCCCUGGCCGACCCUGUGAGUUGGUAUUCUUGGUAAGCCGUGAGUUUUUAGUCGCUUAGGAUGUAAAUUGAACACCUUAGAGCAUAACUUGAUGAAGAAUAAUCUGUUAUUGGCUUGUACAGCUUCAUCUUUGGGGAUAUCUAGGAAACGACGACCUAUAGAUCCACAGGGCAACCACACAAUAUUUGUGUGUAACUGAUUGUUAAUUUAUACCCUUUCUUGGGCCUGCUACGCAGGCUAGUUAUUUUAUAGUAAAUGUACUGGAUUUACCAUUUGCUUCACCUAUAAUGAUACAUUUGAGGCAAAGGACGACGAUAUACCACAGGUAAGGUAAUUCAACGUUUUCAACAUUGAUUUAUAUGCAUACAUAGCAAUAUAUCGUUAUAGGUGAAGCAAAUGGUGAGUCCAGUACAUUUACUAUAAAAAAACAAUCGGUUACGCAAAUACAUUGUGUGGGCGCCCUGUGAUAGAACGAAAACCUGAAAGCCCGAUAAUGAAAACUACGGUAAUAGGAGUUUUUACAGUUGUAGGCUUAGUGUGCUAGCCUUUGUGUGAACAUGAGGCUGAGCAUAGUUAGUGCAGAGGACUAACUGACGGCUGAAGUUGACCUUGUUUUGAUACAAAGCUCCAUCUUUUCCAAAUGUAUAUUUUGCUUAAAAAUACUAGUUAGGAUGAGAACAAAAUAAUAUACAUACCAAAACAGGAAGGGUUGUUUCAAAACAAGCUCAACUUUAACCUCGUUUCCACCUGUAACUGUAAACUGGGCUAUUAAUUUUGUUAUAAUAAGUUUCUUCUUCCACAAAAAUGAACCCGUAUAUAGUAAACUCAUUUUGAAUGUUCUUUUCUUUUGGAAAUGGGUAAUAUAAUAUUAUCACACACAACCAUGCAGUGACUGGGGACAUACGGAAGUACUAUGAUCUGCAAAAAAGAUUAAAUUUCUCCCUCUUGUCACUUUUCAACUUAUUCAGUACCUUUUACUCUAUGGCAGCCAACGAGGGCCAUAAAAAACCAAACGUCAAUCUUCAAAGUCGAUCUUUAAAAGGAAAAGUCAGAGCAAAAAUCAUAAGUCCUUUUAUGCACUAGGGAUUUGAUUCAAAAAGUCAGUUUAUAACUUGAAAAGUCAAAAUAAAUGGUCCAUUUCUGAAGCACGAAAAAUUAAGUUUGGAAUACUCACUAACUUUCAACUUGUGACUUUGACCACCCGGCACUCCACUCUGCACCCCCCCCCCAUCCAUUUAACUUUUCUUAUUGGAGCGGAAGACUGGGACAAAGUUUUCAUGUCAGAUCAACAAGACACCCAGAGUAGUCAAUCGCUAAAAAUCGGUAGCAAUCAACAUUUACAGGAUUUAUGACGGAAGUCUGCCAUCAUUGUUUUUGGCAUGAGUUAGUAGAGGUGAGAAAACACAUCCAGGAGUAAAUAAUAACUGAUCAGCAAACAUGAAACUGAGAAAUGUGAAGACUACCACACACACAACUUUAUUCCUAAAACCCUUUAUCUUGUACAUAAUAACAAAAACAGUUCCCUUUAAUUACAUUUAGUUCUUGCAAGCAAGUAUUGUGAAAAAUACAACCUUAGAUAUAGACUCCCUAGCAUGAAAUUCAGAUGUUCCUUAAGGUUGUCUGAGGGUAGGCUAAAUGAUGUUUCCUUGAAAGAUUUUCACCCUUUUCCAUUAUCAAUCAAUAAAAUUCACUUGAUUGGUAAUAAAAAAAACAUGGAUUUCGAUUUUUAUCUAUUGACUACUCCUGGAGGUAAUUACACCCGGAACUACACCGACAUUAAAUUACAAGGGUGGCAGAUCUAAAUCGUGAAAUACUGGACUCCUACAAACCUUGCCAAUAUCAGCCAUCGGAUGAAGAUUUUAAACCUGGUUUUCAGUGAAGAAGAGAUAAGAUUUUCUUAAAGAUUUCUUUAAAAAGUAAUAAAUGUUUGAUCCUUUGACUCUCAAUUGCAACCCAAUUGUCCAUAAAUUUACUGUUUGGAUGAAUUCAUUUUUCAUUUUUUGAUGAACAGAUCUCUCUCCCGAUAUAAAUAGACAAAAUCAGUAAUUUUCAAUCAAGAUAAAUCAAUGAACAAAACAAGUGUGUCAGCGAUUUCUACUGAUUGAUAGAUACAAUCCAUUUCGAUCAAAUCAGGUCUACUGAUUUUUAUCGAUUGACUACUCCAGGAAGACAAAAUGCAAUGGGUGGCUGGUCUUGGCUCUUUUGAGCAUCUCCUUUAAUCCCUUUCUUGUAGGAAAUGAUAGGUGGUUCUUUUAAAAAUUUGGCAAAGUAGAGGUUUGUUUUGUAUAAGAUUCCCUGUUUUCAAUAAGUUGUUAUUGUGUCAUGGUAGGCUUUUUUUCCUCCUUGUUGUUUUGUUUCAGGAGUGUUGAUUCCCUUUAUGUGAAUUUGUUUUGUGAUAACAGUUUCAUCUACAUCUACAUUCAUAACUUGCAAGAUCCUGAAUAAGGACAUUUUACAAACUGUGACCAAAAAAAGAUAUUAAUAAAUAAACAAAUGAAAAAUAACAGUAUGUAAAUAACAAAGGACAGUCUGCUCAUUCAUUAGGGCAGAGCCUAGCGUUUUUUUUCAAACAGUGAAUUGAAUUUGAUUGUAUAAUGUUCACAUGCAAACUCUUCCAAUCUUUUAUCGUUCUUGGCAAAAAGCUGAACUUGUAUGCAUCACUUGUUGCUUGGAGUGGAGUAAACUUAAGUGGAUGGGAGUGGUGGGUCCAAGGGAGUUACUGGUGAUGGACAUAGGUUCAAACAGUAGUUCUUCUAUCAAAGUGUGUGGGUAGCCUCUAUCCAUUGUUAAGUGCUUUCUUGAAAGUUGAAAUAUUUACCUCAAAGGUUUUUUGCUGAAGAAUUUGUUUGUAGGCUUCUCAAGGCUUCUUUGACAAAUCCGUUAUUAAAAAUUGGUGGGUGACAAAUGGUGAAAUUUGUGAACAGGUUUCUGUUUGUUUAAAAUGUGUAUCAAGGAUAAUAUUAUUGUAGGAUAGUUUUGUUGUUAGAUCUUGGUUCCAUAGGGAAAAAUAUCAUCUAUAUAAUACUUCCAAACCACUGGUUUUUAAAGACGGUUUUGCUCAGAUUUUUUAAUAUUUGGGUCUUUAGAUAGGUCUAUUUAUUGAACUGGAAAGAAUUUUGUUUGAGGAUUAAUCUAUAAAUUUUUGCAGGUAUUAAAUGUGUAGUAGCUUUAAUGAGAAGGGAAAUCUGAAAUGUGCAGUUCCAAAAAUAUCCAUACCCCCCAAGAAGGGCACUUUUUUAAACUCCCCCCCCACCCCUGGAAUUUCCAUUUCAGGAGGUGCUUGCCAUAUCCCCAACCCCCUGUAAUUUCUUUAAUUUUCCAACUUGGUUGGAUACCCCUUGGAAAGAAUACUUUCCUCAAAAAUGCUGUUGCACUAUACUUUUAUGUGAUAGAUAAUUGUUUCUGCGAUAGAGAGAAAACGGCCGACAUAUUGCGACGCCAGCAACACUUUUCCUGCAAAAUGACGCCUGAGAAACGAGUGCAGAAAUUCCAUACUGAUGGCGCGUCACUACCCAGAUCUGGGUAGUGCUUCUGACUGGUUGAAACAAAUUUCCCAUUUGGCACAAACAGUCAGAAGCAUUACCCAGAUCUGGGUAGUGACACGCCAGCAGUAUGGGAUUUCUAUGCUCAUUUCUCAAACGUCAUUUUCCAGGGAAACUGUUGGUGGCGUCACGAAAUAUCGGCUGUUUUCUCAGGCUACUACGGGCUAAUUUUAUUUACGAGCCAACAACAAUCAUUUUACAUAAACUAUCAUGCAAGCCGUGAAAAAAGCACUCAGGAAAAAAGCCCCCGGAAAAAGGCUCGAGAGGUCACCUCAGACCCCCUCGGAAAUUGUUUCCUUUUGGAUCCCCCUUUCCCUCUGAAUUUCUGUCGCCCUCCGUGAGGGGGGGGGCGGGGGGUGGUUGUGGAUAUUUUCUGGAACUACACAAUAUUAGUUCACGCCUUUUAUGUUUCUUUUUGUGGGUUUUGAUUAAUUCCUUCACCCCUUUUUCAAUAGGCUUGUAAAGACUAUAACAGUCAAUGCUACUUAGUAUUUCAAAAUGCCCUCUUUAAGUCCGUCCCUUCUAGGACUAACCUAAAAAACGCUAUCAACAGACGCACCAAAGAACAUCACAGGUAAGUCCUUGAAAGGGAGACACAUAUAAAGUGCACAUCUGAAACACUAAGCAGUAUUGACCGUUAUAGUCAUCACAACCCUAAAUUAGACAAUAUUGUAAUUCCUUUAUGACCUUCCUCAACUUCUGCAAGCUGUCCAAAACUGUGGUGCUUGCCUUUUUUAUAUAACAUGGUCAUAUCACGCCAGUUCUAAAGCAAUUACACUGGCUUCCGGUUUAUUGCCACAUCAAAUACAUGAUUCUUUUGUUAACCUUCAAAGCUGUACAUGGGCUAGCACCUUCCUACAAAACAGAAAAGUUGCAACUCUGCAGACCAUCAAGAAGCUUGAGAUCUGUUUCUAAGAAAAUAAAAACGACUAGAAUUAGCAUAUCUGUAUGAUUGUAUCCAAGGCAUCGAAGCGUCUGUGUUCUAUUUAGAGGUGGUGUCAGUGCUGCUGAUCUUGUUGUUAUCUUCUUCAUAACUCUACAGGGGCCUUUUUUUAAAUGAGUAAAGACAGUAAGUAAUGACUUCAGCCCAUAAUUGACCUAAAACAGCAAUAUCCUUGUGUGUGUUUGGCAAGAAUCGACUAAUAUUAUUAAUUAUUCUAUUACUAAUAUUAUUAUUGAUAUUAACUUGUUUUUGGAUGAUUGCUUUUGCACAGCCAUUGUGAUUUUUAAGCAAGAUUACCUUCUCUUUCCUUUCGAAACUAAGGUAACGUCUACAUAAAAAAUAAACAAUGUUGAGCAAACGGUGUUACAGAUCUUUCCCUACUAACAAUGCAUGAGAAGCCUUUCCUUGUUAGAAAUAUGUACUAUUUAAUGAAGCACAGAGAAAGUUCAGAUAAAUCAGCAAGUAAGCAAAAGAUACACGUCACCUUUAUUAGUGCAUGCUCUUUCUCGGUAUGGUGUCCAAUUUUAUUUUUGAGGAAGGUCUUUCAGAUUCUUAAAUUUCUCAGCUACAGGAUACCGGUAUGUCCUAAAACAGUGUGUUACACUUGCUGCAAAGUUUUUGCAAUGUCCAACUCUUUCUGUAUUGAUAGGAAACUUAACCAGAAGACGAUACCAGAAGUGCUAGCCAAAUGUCUUUUACGUGUAAACAGUGUGGCAAGUGUUUUAGCGAAGCAAGACACCUAAGGAGACAUGAAAGAGUUCACACUGGGAAAAAGCCUUAUGACUGUAAAUACUGUGACAAAUGUUUUAGUGGUCCAGAACACCUGGGAGAUCAUGAACGAGUCCACACUGGUGAGAAGCCUUAUGAAUGUAAACAAUGUGGCAAGUGUUUUAGCAAAGCAGGAACUCUUAGGACACAUGAACGAGUUCACACUGGGGAAAAGCCUUACAAAUGUAAACAGUGUGAAAAGUGUUUUAGUGAAGCAGGAGACCUUAGGACACAUAAACGAGUUCACACUGGAGAAAAGCCUUACAAAUGUGAACAGUGUGAAAAGUGUUUUAGUAAAGCAGCAAAGCUUAGGAGACAUGAAAGAGUUCAUACUGGGGAAAAGCCUUACAAAUGUAAACAGUGUGACAAAUGUUUUAGUGAAACAGGAACCCUAAGGAGACAUGAAAGAGUUCAUACUGGGGAAAAGCCUUAUAAAUGUAAACAGUGUGACAAAUGUUUUAGUGAAGCAGGAACCCUAAGGAAACAUGAAAGAGUUCAUACUGCGGAAAAGCCUUACAAAUGUAAACAGUGUGACAAAUGUUUUAGUCAAGCAGGAGACCUAAAGAGACAUGAAAGAGUUCAUACUGGGGAAAAGCCUUACAAAUGUAAACAGUGUGACAAAUGUUUUAGUCAAGCAGGAGACCUAAAGAGACAUGAAAGAGUUCAUACUGGGGAAAAGCCUUAUAAAUGUAAACAGUGUGACAAAUGUUUUAGUGAAGCAGGAACCCAAAGGAAACAUGAAAGAGUUCAUACUGCGGAAAAGCCUUACAAAUGUAAACAGUGUGACAAAUGUUUUAGUCAAGCAGGAGACCUAAAGAGACAUGAAAGAGUUCAUACUGGGGAAAAGCCUUACAAAUGUAAACAGUCUGACAAAUGUUUUACUGAAUCAGGCCACCUAAGGAGUCAUGAAAGAAAUCAUACUGCGGAAAAGCCUCACCAAUGUAAACAUUGUGAGAAGUGUUUUUACCGAGUAGCAAGUCUAAGGUGUCAUGAAAGAGUUCAUACUGUGGAAAAGCGUUAUGAAUGUAAACAGUGUGGCAAGUGCUUUACUCACUUAUCUCGCCUAAGGCCUCAUGAACGAGUUCACACUGGGGAAAAGCCUUAUAAAUGUAAACAAUGUGACAAGUGCUUUACUCAGCUAUCAAACCUAAGGAGACAUAAAAAAGUCCACACUUCGGAAAAGCCUUACAAAUGUAAACAAUGUGACAAAUGUUUUAGUGAAACUAGAGACCUAAGGAGACAUGAAAGAGUUCACACUGGAGUAAAGCCGCACAAAUGUAAACAAUGUGACAAGUGUUUUAGUGAAGCUGGUGACUUAAGGAGCCAUGAAAGAAUUCACACUGGGGAAAAGCCUCACGAAUGUAAACAAUGUAAUAAGUGUUUUUACAUAUCAGGAAACCUUAGGAGACACGAACGAGUUCACUUUGGGGAAAAGCCCUAUAAAUGUAAACAGUGUGACAAGUGCUUUACUCAGCUAUCAAACUUAAGGAGACAUGAAAGAGUUCACACUGGAGUAAAGCCGUACAAAUGUAAACAAUGUGACAAGUGUUUUAGUGAAGUUGGUGACUUAAGGAGCCAUGAAAGAGUUCACACUGGGGAAAAGCCUUACGAAUGUAGACAAUGUAAUAAGUGUUUUUACAUAGCAGGAAACCUUAGGAGACACGAACGAGUUCACUUUGGGGAAAAGCCCUAUAAAUGUAAACAGUGUGACAAGUGCUUUACUCAGCUAUCAAACUUAAGGAGACAUGAAAUAGUUCACACUGGAGUAAAGCCUUACAAAUGUAAACAAUGUGACAAAUGUUUUAGUGCAGCUGAAGACUUAAGGCGUCAUGAAAGAGUUCACAAUGGGGAAAAGCCUUACGAAUGUAAACAGUGCGGCAAGUGCUUUACUUGUGUAUCAAACCUACAGAGUCAUAAAAGAGUUCACUCUGGGGAAAAGCCUUAUGAAUGUAAAGAGUGUGGCAAGUGCUUUACUCAGGUAUCAAACCUAAGGACACAUGAAAGAGUUCACACUGGAGUAAAGUCUUACGAAUGUAAACAGUGUGACAAGUGUUUUACCCAGGUAUCAAGCCUAAGGAGUCAUGAAAGAGUUCACACUGGGGAAAAGCCUUACGAAUGUAAACAAUGUGAGAAAUGUUUUAGCCUAGUAGCACACCUAAAGAGUCAUGAAAGAGUUCACACUGGGGAAAGGCCUUAUGAAUGUAAACAAUGUGGAAAGUGCUUUACUCAUGUAUCAAACCUAAGGGCACAUGAAAGAAUUCACACUGGGGAAAAACGUUAUAAAUGUAAACAGUGUGACAAGUGCUUUACUCAGCUAUCAAACCUAAGGAGACAUGAAAGAGUUCACACUGGGGAAAAGCCUUACAAAUGUAAACAGUGUGACAAGUGUUUUUGCCGAGUAGCAAGUCUAAGGAGUCAUGAAGUAGUUCACAGUGGAGAAAAACCUUAUAAAUGUAAACAGUGUGGCAAGUGCUUUACUCAUCUGUCAAACCUAAGGACCCACGAAAGAGUUCACACUGGGGAAAAGCCUUAGGAAUGUAAACAGCCUGGCAAAUGUUUUAGCCAAGUAAGAAGCCUAAGGAGGCAUGAACGAGGUCACGCUGGAGAGAAGCCCCCAUAACGUUAACAGUGUAGGGAGUGUUUGAUCCAAAUCCAAAGCCCAAGUGAUCAUAAAAGUGUUCACACUGGAGGAAAAGCCUUAGGAAUGAGAAAUUCAUAGCAACUGUUUUAUAGCAAGCGGAACCCUUGGAAGACGUGAAAGAAUGCACACUUCAAGAAGGUCACACAAAUAUUCUCACCGAAGGGAGAGUCUGUCUUAUUCUUUGGCGGAAGAAGUUGAUGUUAGUGCAACAAGAUUUACACCUUUUGACCUUCAUUACCGGGAAAGAAAUUUUUAUUAACGUCAUAAUAUUAUUCAUUUUAAUUAAUGUAUAAACCGUUGACACACUAGUAAUUUUCAAGGAGUUACAAUAACUCCUCUAGUGGGGCUAAUUUAACUCCUUAUAGUGGAGUUAUUUUAACUCCAAGAAGGAGUUUAAAGAACUGUUUUUCAGGAGUAAAAGUGACCCCAUAUAUUGAGGAGUUGAAAUAACCCCCAAAAAGGAGUUAUCCUGUACCUAAAAGUUUUACUCCACUUUCAGAGUUAAAUUAACUCCAAAAAGAGUAAAAACAACCCAUGUAAGGAGUAAAAGUAACCCCAUUUCGGAGUUAUUUUAACUCCAGACUGGGCUUAAAAAGAACUCUUUUUCAGGAGUAAAAAUGACCCCAAAUUCGGAGUUAAAUUAGGUGUUAAAAUAACCCCCAAAAAGGGGCUAUCCUGUACCUAAAAUUUUUACUCCAUUUUUGGAGUUAUUAUGACUCCCUAAAAAUUACGGUGUAGCCAAGGAAGCAAACAUUUAAUUUUGCGGCAUGGUCAUUAAAUGUUUUUGCUUCAAAAAGAACAAUUAUUGAGGCCAGUUUCUAUAGCGUGUUAUCGAAUACAACAGUCUUUGGUGUGAAUGAAUUUUCAUUUUCCUUGAGUGAGUGUUUGUUUAUGAGAAUAGAAUAUCAUUAACAAUUAUUUUGUUUUGAGCAUUAUGUUGCCAAUAUCGCGUUGAAUUGAGAGGGACAUGCACUUUAAUUGAGGAGCGAACCUCACAAUAUAUGUAAAACUCGUAUUGCAGAAGUUGCGCGUAUAGUGCGUUACAAUGAUUUCGUUAGUCUUGUACAGUGUACAUACUGUCUCUGUAACUGAAAAAACGGAAGAUUGUAGAUUGGGUCAGAUAGACCGGAACUCACGCCUUUUAACAAAUUUUGAAGAUUUUAAGUGGGUGUUCCGGGGUUUUAUGGUUUUGUUCCGCGUUCUUUCAUCAUGUCUUUUAUUUUCAGUUCUUUCCGUACUGUUUAAAAAAAACGAGCCAGAGUGUCGCCUCGCGUUUUUAAACCUGAUAAUACACUACUGCGAAUGUUUUAAACGGCUUCAGCGUAUCCGAUAUACAUGAACUCGGGGUUAUUUUGGUCUAAAAAAAGUUGGACGCAAAGUGUAGCGGUGUCUUUAGCAGAUAUAAAGAUAAUUUCUUUUUAAUUGUUUUUUUUAUGAAUUAUUAGCGUGUUUUAGAUAGUUUAAUCUUCAAUACUUUUCGUUACUUAUAAAUAGUCAAUUGUGUUUUCAAAAUAAAACAACUCCGUUAGUCAUAAUUUUUAGUUUAUCUUCUUUCCGUAACUACAUGAUCUGACCAUCAAGCUUUAAAAACAAUGCGAUGUUUCAUGGACGAUUUUAAACGCAUUGAGACAAAUUUGCCUUUCUUUUUCUGAACUGCAAUUCGUUUUAAACAAUUCAACUCCGGCAAAUUCUCAAGGCUUUCUUGUCUUUGAAACAUUUCUGAAUUGUAUAGAAAGUUUUCUUUUCAUUAAAUCAAGGUGCCUUUUCGGCCUCCGAUUUUGUUGCGAAACGUCGGGUAAUCGUCAGGUUUGACUCCUCGAACGAAACAAAAAGAAAGCCGAAUAUUUAUUCAGAGGCGACAGAGCGUUUUGAAACGAGGGGGAGGGGUGGGGGGCUCAUCUUCCACUCAGCCAUACGCAUACCCCUAAUCGGGAUUUUCCAAAAUUCCCUUUGCGUCGUUCGUUGUCACCAACCUCUUUGCAAUCCUCACAGUGUCUAUUGGUCAGUAAUCGAUUUGUGACAAUGCAUUAGUAGGCAGGCAAGUGGCCUAUGUCGCCGGGUUUGAAAACAUGAGGGGCUACGGAGCAACUGUACCCCCUCCCCUUCCUGGUCUUCCGUUCAUGUACAUUCAAAGGGGCAUAAAGAGUGAAAGCUCUGUAUUACAGAGUUGACUUUAAUAUUAAUUUGGGACAGGAGAACCUUGGUAUCUCCGGGAGCGAGAGUAAAUGGUAGAGCAUUGAUAUUUAAACGAAUGCCUUGGAGCACAGUACUGAGCAGGUUAAUGAUCUGCGGGAUUUUGCCGUUCUCAUUCAUUGCCGACUUUUGGGUGGGGGGGGGGGGGUUGGUGAAACUCUGCGCCUGUUAAAGGCAAUAAAUCCGAAACUAAAUACUCUGUUCGGGAAAGAGGACAAGAUACACGCUUUUUUUAAUUAAAAGUCAUUUGUUGGUAAUUGCAAUUACUUUUGUAUACUUGCAGUACAUGCAAUAUCCUAUUUAUAAUUAAGACAGACUCGCAAGAAAUUACAUAACCAGUUUAGGAUGAGUCACGCGAAAUUAUAUACCUUUUUUAGCACACGGCGGAGAACAAAAACUAUACCCUGUCAAGCGGCACAUCCCCGUAUAUGGGAGUAUCCUCCCUCAGGAGUCAGGAUGCAUCGUCCCUAUCUUCCUAACCUGUGUGGUAAGCGUUUCCAAUCCACCGGGGCACCAAACCACUGCAGUUUUCGGAAGAAAAUUAUCAGGGGCACCCAACGACGGUUUCCUCCUAAAUACACUGGAGUCGUUUUUGAGGCUAUCCAAAAUACUUUAAGAUCUCUAGAAAUGCAUUCUAAGGGGCGCUAUAAAAUUUGUACCUGUCUGGUCAUCCUAGGGGAACUUGAGUCUUUUCGAAAGACAUAGGUGUCGGGACUAGGCUAUUAUAGAUUGUGCUAUGAAAAGUAGCAUAUUAUGCCAGUAGCACUGCUCUUUUUUUGGCCAAAUUAUGCUAAAAUUAUGCUCGUUUUUCCAAAUUAUGCUACUUUUUUAAAAUUGUGCUCUUAAAAAACCAUGGCAAAUAAGUCCAAAAAUACAUUUUCUUUAACCAGAAGCCGUUUACUCUUGUUAGCUACAAUAUAUAACGGUCUCUGGUCUUUGUGGCUGGUUCGGGCUCGUCAUUUCUCUGAGAGAGCUGUAAGGUUUCGCUAGAAUCGGCUGGCAAAGCUGACGCCAUUUUGUAGCCUUGCCUAUGAGAGGUAUUGGGACCGACAUGGUUUGCCAUGACCUCUUCCUUGGGACAACACCAUGGGAGUUUAGGGAGUCCACCAUGGGACUCUCUUUUUCCGUGCACCCUAGUCCCAGGUCCCCAUUUCUUUACUCGAAUAGACGCCGCGGCGUUUAUUUCAUUUUUCGCGAACCCUGUGCGGCGUUUAUUCGAGGGCGGCGUUUACUCAAAAAUCACUUUAUUCAGUACUAAAUAUCAUACUACAUAUGGUAACUUUUUUACUGGGUAACAGUAACAAAUCUCAAUAUAUAAAUGUUGUUCAUUUUGUCUAUUCAAUUGUGAUUUUUACACAAAGUUAAUUACGCGUUGCAAAAAUUCUUGAAAGAGAACUUAACAAAAUGCAAAAAAGUACAGUCGAUUUGAACUAAAAAAUGUUGUUCUAAAAGAAAAUAAAUUUCCAUUGCUGGUUUAAACUUGAAAUAGACUUUUCUUUAAUAAUUAUUAUAAAUCAUUAUUUCCUCAAAUAAACGCCGCACCGUAGACGCGGCGUCUAUUCGGGGGCGGCGUCUAUUAAUAUUUCGAGUCUCAAGUGCGGCGUCUAUUUGAGUGCGGCGUCUAUUUGAGGGCGGCGUCUAUUCGAGUAAAUACGAUACCUCUAAAACAUCGAACUACGUCAGCGUAUAAUUAGGAUUUGAGGAUCAACGUGCCUGUCAAAACCCAAAAAUGUUCCGAUAACUAUAUAUCAAAAUACCGUAAAAUUCCGAAAAUAAUCCCCUCUACGUACAAGCCCAUCCAAAUAUAAGCCCCCCGGGGGCUUGUACUUGGAAAAUUGUCCUCAAAUACAAAGUAAAACAAAGCAAAAACGGUAAAUUCACUUCCAACUAUAAGGCUAGCCCAAUCGAUUUUGAAACGCAAAUUUCCCUCCGUAGAUAAGCUCCUCCGAAUAUAAGCCCCUCCAAAAAUAAGCCCCUUAAAAAGGGCCUUUGAAAAAUAUAAGCCCCGGGGCUUAUUUUCGGAAUUUUACGGUAUGCGAAUUAUGCUAGCAGUCCUAUGUUUUAAAAAAUGGGGAAAAUUAUGCUAAAAAUUAUGCUAACACAAUCUAUGAAAGCCUAGGCGGGACCUCACCUCUGAAAAGAUCCCCCGUGGUUCGAGCCAGUCCGCUCCUUCCGUAAGCGCUCGUUUAAAGCGACCACUGAAUCUUCACAUUUUGGGUGAUCGCUCACGGGAGAUUCAAAUCUUCUCGCAGAACGAUCUCAAAAAUGCUAUGGAUUCACUGUGAUGAAAAAAAAAAAAAAGGAAAAGAAAAAGAAAAGAACAAAAGACAGACAACCAACGAAACCAUCUGCUUGGGGUCUGCCCGACACCGUCAACUUUCCCCAUAGGGUCCCUGACAGUUGUUUUCUUUGUUUCUUUACACUCUCACCAGGCCCCUAUCGGUGUAAAAUCAAGAUGGCGGCCACCAAUAAUGGAUAAACUUCUUUUGUUGACUUCAUCUUCCCUUACGCUUCAGCUUGUGAUUUAAUCAACGCAGCGAAAUGUUGAUACUUAAGGUAGGAAAGCUUUAGUAUGUUAUUGAUACGCCACGUUGCAAAAAUUAGGAAUAGCUUUUAGCUUUUGACGAAACGUAGCUUCAAAUUCUGCCGGUCGCAUGAGUUGGUAAGUUUAUGAAAAAGCCGUACGUUUUUAGCCGCUUAGAAUCUAGCUUGAGCACCUUAGAGCAUAAUUUGAUGAAAAAUAAUCUGUCACUAGCUUGUACUGGUUAAUCUAUAGGGAUAUCUGGGAAACGGCGACCUAUAGAACGAAAACCUGAAACCCAGAUGAUGAAAACUACGGUAAUAGGACAUUCUACAGUUGUGAUUCUACAGUUGUGACGUGGGCUUAGUGUACUAGCUUUUGUGUGAACGGGAGGCUGAGCAUAGUUAGUGGAGGGGAGAAACUUUAGGUUGAGGUUGAUCUUGUUUUGAUACAAACCUCCAUCUUUUUCAAAUCUAUUAAAAUUUUGCUUAAAAAUACUAGUUAGUUUGUAAGCGUAGUUAGUUAGUUUGUAUAAGAUUCCUGUUUUUCAUUUCAGAGUCUUUAAAAGUAGACACCGAGGGUUGUUAUUGUGUCAUAAUAAGCAUUUCUUUUUCCUCCUUGUUGUUUUGUUUCAGGAGUGUUGACUCCUUAAAUGUGAAUUUGAUUUCUGGUAACAGUUUCAUCCACAUCUAAAUUAUUCAUAACUUGCAAGAUCCUGAAUAAGGAAAUUUCACAAACUAAGAGAAAAAAAUAAAAUUAAAAUAAAUGAAUAAACAUGGUUAAAUUUACACUAGUACUGUAUAUAAAUAGUAAAGACAGUCUACUCAUUCAUUAGAGCAGAGCUCUUUUUAAAAUAGUGAUUUGAGUUUGAUAGUAUAAUAUCCACAUGCAAACUGUUCUGAUCUUUAAUAGUCCUUGUCCAAAACCUGAACUUUCGUGUAUCACAUGUUGCUUGUCACUUGGUGGGUGACAAAAGGUGAAAUGUGUGAACUGGUUUCUGUUUGUUUAAAAUGUGUCUUUGCAUCAAGGAUAAUUAUAGGAUAGUUUUUUCAUUGAAUCUUGGUCCCACAGGGAAAAAUAUCAUCUAUGUAAUAUUUCCAAACAGUCGGUUUAAAGAUAGUUUGGCUGAGAAUUUUCAUUUUAAUAUCUGGGUCUGUAGAUAGGUCCAUUUAUUGAACUGUAAAGAAUUUUGUUUGAGGAUUAGAUUAAAAUUUUUCCGCAGGUAUUAAAUGUGUAGAAUCUUUAAAGCCUGGUUUUCAUAUGUCAGAAAAAUCCAAGACAAUCCGGGAUUUUUUUGUUUCCCGGACGUCCCAGAUUUUGCCGACUAAAGAAAACUCGAAAUCAUAGAUAUCCCCAUUUGUCUGGGAUAAUCGGGGACACAUCUGGAGAAUCAGGAACAUUUAUAUUUUCCUGACACAUCCCACGUCAGGAUGUCAGGGACGUUGGCAAUGGAUUCCGCUCAUUACCAAUAUUCUAAAUUGCUGCACUUCAGUCCCCCUAUCAUACAUAAAUGCGGCAUUGAGACAGUGAUAUGGACAUCCCCACAGUUUGGGCAUCCUCAUUCCCAAAACCCCAGUGAUAUAGGCAUCCCCUGUAACCCUAACCCUAAUCCAAAACGCCAAGGUAAUAUGAGAAGGGGAUGUCCAUAUCACUAGAGUUUUUGGGAAUGGGGAUGCUCAAAAUGCGCGGAUACCCAUAUGACUGUAAACAGCGUCCCUUGAGAAUCUGGGACAGACUUUGGGAACUCUCUGAUAUGUACAUGUCUGAUGGUCAGCAAAAAGUUAAAUGCCCGAUUGUCUGGGAUUUUCCCGACAUUUGAAAAGCAAGCUUAAUGAGAAAGGAAAUCUGAAAUGUGUAGUUCCAAAAAUAUCCAUACCCCCUGCAGAGGGCACUUUUGUUUUAAAUUCCCCCCUAUGGAAUUUCCAUUUCAAGGGGUGCUUGUAAUAUCCCCCAGCCCCAUGAAUUUCUGCAAUUUUCUAAAUUGGUUGGAUCCCCCUGGGAAAAAUACUUUCCUCAAAAAUGCUGUUGCAUUAUACUUGUAUGCGAUAGAUAGUGGUUUCUGCGAUAAAGAGAGAAAAAAUCUUUUUUAUUUAUGUUAAUACAGUGUCAAAUAAUCUGGUUAUUGCCUUGUACAGGUCUUUCUUAGUUCUUUAUGAACAGUAAGUCACUGAGAAGCAUGGAGGCAGUACAGCCGUACAUGUCACAAGUGAUAUCAUCUCUCAAACAAGAAAAGUUCAGUUGCUUCCUUUCAGUUGAAAACAUGUCAGAAGAGGGCUUAUUAGAACAUGAUCAUAUUACAUUGAAUACCACAAUAUAUUGUGUAACAAGGCAACAGGUAGAUAAGCGGAAUUUUAUUCACGAGACAAUGACCAUCUUUUUGCAUGAACUAUUGUGCAAGCCAUGAAAAAUGCACUCAGCUGACCGUAAAUAAAAGAUCAUUGAUGGAAACAAUAAUAAAAUUGCUUUGAAGAUAGAUGGAUAGAUAUAGAUAGAUAGCUUUAAUUCAAAUCAUAUGUCAGCCCACCAAGGCUGAAUUGCAUGAAUUAAAAUAUGAAAAUGUACUAAAAAAUGUACAAAAUUAUACUUUAGAAUUCUAAUUUAUAAAAAUUAUACUUUAGGUGAAUUAAACUUUACACAAAAAAAGACUGCUAACGCCUGCACAUAGAUGGCAGAAAUGUGCUACAAAAAUGCUUGGUGUGCAUGACUGGAUUUGCAAAGUGGCGUUGUCUUGUAAGGUUAUAAUGACAAUAGUUCUUGCGAGGAAGAAAAUGAUGCAACUUAUGGCCUGGAUUAGAUACAAUAGAAUCAAACAGUUUGAAACACCAAUUAACAGUAACAUAACUGUGAAAGGUUUGAACCCAGGAGUCAUUUCAGAGGGUUGAGUUUGAUCGUCCGGGUGAACGUAGUCCUGAAUAGGACUGUUGUUGUUGACAGUGACUGACGUUUCGACAACCUGUGCGGUAGUCAUCUUCAGAGUCAAAGUGAGUUGUAUCACGUCAGUUGAUGGUAUUAUACUCUGGUUAUUGAUCUGAUUGGUCAAUUAUGUUGCGAUGUUAUUGGUUGUCUGUCAGUUAAGCCGUGAUGUUAUUGGCUAUGAAGACUCGUAAUCAGUGACUGGUGUGAUUCAAUCCGUCUAUUGUCACAGUUAAACAGUCGUCUAUUGUUAGUCAAAUUGUCAGUUCUCCAGUUGUUCUCUCAUAGUUAGUUUUGCUUGAUCUCAUCAAUAAGUCGUUUGUACGGCGUUGGUAACUGUUGACUACAAUUCAGUGGCGUUUGUUCUAAGUUAGUAAACCAGCUUUCUAAAGUAAGAUGUUGAUAGUAGUCUGUAGAAUACGUUAUACAUGUCGCAGAGUCCCAGUCAAUUUGAUGUUUCAUCUUUAAAUGGUGCUCAGCAAUGUGAUUGUUGACAUCACCAUUCCUCGUCGCGCGUUUGUGUUCGGUCACUCGCGUGCUUAGGUUUCUGCCGGUUUCACCAAUGUAAGAAGCCUGGCAGUCGCAGCAUUUGAUCUUGAAUACUGCUCCCUGUCUGUCCUCCGGUUUGUCUUUGUCCUUGACAUUAGUAAGCAGUCGCCGUAAAGUGGUUAUAGGUAUAAUACCAUCAACUGGUAUAAUAAUUAAUUAUCGGUAUAAUACCAUCAACUGGUUAUCGGUAUAAUACCAUCAACUGACAUGAUACAACUCACUUUGACUCUGAAGAUGACUACCGCACAGGUUGUCGAAACGUCAGUCACUGUCAACAACAACAGUCCUAUUCAGGACUACGUUCACCCGGACGAUCAAACUCAACCCUUUGAAGUAACAUAACUAAUAGCUUGCUUAUCAAUUUUACUGGGAGCCCCCAGAAAAAAGGCUCAAAAGGCCACCCGUACCCCCUUGGAAAUUGUCUCCUUCCCCUCUGAAUUUCCAUUGCCCUCCGUGGGGGAGAGGGGUUGGAUAUUUUCUGGAACUACACAAAAUUAGUUCAUUCAUUUUAUUACCUCUAAAUUAGAGGUUCUUAAAUUUCUUUCUGUGGGUUUCGAUGAAUUUCUUCACCCCUUUUUUCACAUUCUGAUCAAUAGACUUUUGAAGAAUAUAACAGUCCAUGCUGCUUAGUUAAUGUCUGUACCUUCGAAGACUAACCUGAAAAACGCUAUGAACAGAUGCACCAAGGAACAUCACAGGUUAGCCCUCAAAAGGGACAGACUUAAAAAGUGCAUGUCUGAUACACUAAGCAAUAUUGACCAUUAUAUUCUUCACAUCUCUAAAUUAGACAAUACUGUUACUCCUUACUUUAUGACCUUCCUCAAUUUCUGCAAGCUGUCCAAAACUGUGCCUCUUGUCUUAUAACAUGAUCAUAUCACGCCAGUUCUAAAGCAAUAAAUUACACUGGCUUCCAGUUUGUUGCCACGUCAAAUACAAUAUUCUUUUGUUAACCUUCAAAGCCUUUACAUGGGCUAGCACCUUCCUGCAUAACAAGAAAGUUGCAACUCUGCAGACCAUCAAGAAGCUUAAGAUCUGUUUCUUAAAAAACUUUUAAAAAAAUAGAAUGAGAAGAUCUGUAUGAUUGUAUCCAAGGCAUCCAAGUGUCCGUGUUCUAUGUAGAGGAGGUGUCAGUACUGCUGACCUUGUUGUUAUCUUCUUCAUAACUCUACAGGGGCAUUUUUUGUAUAUGAGUGAAGACAUUGGGUAAUGAGUUCAGCUCAUAAUUGACCUAAAACAGCAAUAUCCUUGUGUGUGCAUAAGCACAGCAAGAAUUGACUAAUAUUACUGAUAGUAACUUGUUUUGGGGUGACUGCUUUUGCACAGCCAUUGUGGUUUUGAAGAAAGAUUACCUUCAUUUUUCUUCCAAAAUGGAGGUAAUGUCUACAAAAGUAAACUGUUUAAAAAAAUCAAACCCAUGUGAGAGACAUGGUUUGUUUAGAAGUGUUUGAGGGCGGUCUUUCUAUCAUUUUUCAGGUAUACGAUAUGUCUUAAAAAAGCGAGUUAAACUUCCUUCAAAGUUUUUCCAAUGACUAACUUUUAUUAUAUUGAUAGGAAACUUAACCAGAAGACGAUACCAGAGGCACUAGCCAAAUGUCUUUUUCUUCUAAACACUCUAGCGAGUGUUUUAGCGAAACAGGACAUGAAAGAGUUCACACUGGGGAAAAGCCUUACAAAUGUAAACAUUGUGACAAAUGCUUUAGAGACACAGGACACCUGAGAGAACACGAACGAGUCCAUACUGGGGAGAAGCCGUAUGAAUGUAAACAGUGUGGCAAGUGUUUUAGCAAAGCAGGAAACCUUAAAACACAUGAAAGAGUUCACACUGGGGAAAAGCCUUAUAAAUGUAAACAGUGUGACAAAUGUUUUAGUAAAGCAGGAGACCAAAGGAGACAUGAAAGAGUUCAUACUGGGGAAAAGCCUUACAAAUGUAAACAGUGUGACAAGUGUUUUAGUGAAACAGGAACCCUAAGGAGACAUGAAAGAGUUCAUACUGGGGAAAAGCCUUAUGAAUGUAAACAGUGUGGCAAGUGCUUUGGCACAGCAACACACCUAAGGAGUCAUGAAAGAGUUCAUACUGGGGAAAAGCCUUACAAAUGUAAACAAUGUGACAAAUGUUUUAGUGAAACAGGAAACCUAAGGAGUCAUGAAAGAGUUCACACUGGGGAAAAGCCUUAUGAAUGUAAACAGUGUGGCAAGUGCUUUAAACACUUAUCACGCCUAAGGCUUCAUGAACGAGUCUACACUGGGGAAAAGCCUUACGAAUGUAAACAGUGCAAAAAGUGUUUUUACACAGUAGGAAACCUUAGGAGACAUGAACGAGUUCACACUGGGGAAAAGCCCUAUAAAUGUAAACAGUGUAACCAGUGUUUUAGCCAUGUAUGUAGCUUAAGGAGACACGAAACAGUCCACUCUACGGAAAAGCCUUACAAAUGUAAGCAAUGUGGCAAGUGCUUUUCUCGCGUAUCAAACGUAAGGAGACAUGAAAGAGUUCACACUGGCGAAAAGCCGUACGAAUGUAAACAGUGUGGCAAGCGUUUUACUCAAGUAGGAACCCUAAGGAGUCAUGAAAGAAUUCACACUGGGGAAAAGCCUUAUGAAUGUAAACAGUGUGGAAAGUGUUUUACUCGCUUUUCAAACCUUAGCAGUCAUAAAAGAGUUCACACUCGGCAAAAAUUCGUAUGA